GUACGAUCAUGUACGAUCAAGUUGAUAUUUUCCGCGAAGCUUAUAAGUUUACGUUUAUUGGCAAAAUACUGAUAUUUAUCAACCCAGGACAUGUGGUGAUGGAAUAUUCUUCGUUUUCGGGAGUUGCUAGCAGACGUUCAAUUUUCUUGCAGAGUUCUCAACUUCCAUUCCUCCGUCUAGUGAAAUAUCAUGUAUAGUUGUGCAAUUGGUUGCUUUCGAAGACACGCUGUAAACAAAUUCGUUGGACCGGAUCAGGUAGUUCCUUGCAUUAACCGGUUUAUUGGGGCACAAAGUAGUCCGUACAGAUGGUGCUUCCUAAGACGAAAUUCUCAUUACGUAGCUCCCAAGAAUCGAACAUUUAUCGGUUGGCAAAGGCAGCGAAUAUUUGGUCUUUAUCUGCCUUCUAGAACUUCUCACGUGCGUUCACGUUCCAGCACUAGUGGAAGUCUUAUUAACAAUGGAAAAGAGGAGAAGCAAGAGGAGAACGUUAACCCUGCAAAGAAACAACUAAAAAGUGACGAUCUCUUUCGGAUAUUAUCACUUGCCAAACCGGAGUAUAAGAAUCUUGCCGGUAAAUUAAAUCUCUUUAAAGUUAGUUGUAUAAUUAAGAGCAGUCAACCAGCGAGAGCUUGCGUGUCACUCUCUCAUUUGACAGCUGAUAGGCGAUCAAAUAAGCAAUUGACUCUGAACUCCCUAGCUCCAUAAUGAGUAUACUAGGUUAAGAAAGUUGAUCUCUUACCUUGUUUGUCCUGUAAUUUUUAAGUGCUAGUUUGGAUAAUAAUGCAAUACAUGAAUAGGAACCAUGAAUUAUUAUAGUAUGAAUGAGCCAUUACAACUUCACGCCGAUUUAAGUGUGUACCCCAAAUUUUGGGGUUAUCAAGUAUUCAUAUAUUCAGGCUAUUGUUCUUGCCAUUGUCGAUUACCUUCCGAAGAAUCCACGAGCGGAAUUCCUUUGAUUUAGGUGCGAUAUGUCUCUUUUGUUUCGAAUUUUGUUGCUUGAUUGACUUUUUAAUCCCCAUUGUUACCUGAUGAGUUUUAAAUUUAUCCAUUAAAAUACUCGGACUUGCCUGUUAAAUUUGCUGCAGUCUGUGGGAACGCUUACAACUCUGGUUGCAUAACAUAUUUUCGGUCACGCACCGUAUUAUAAAGGAAACAAGCCUGAUAAAUUUGAAGUUGAUUAAAGCUUAUAAAUACCUGGUCUCCAAUGGUAUUUUUUAAUUAUAUACUCUCUUUCCUUGAAAAUAAUUUGGCGUUUAAAGAAUUGCUGCGGAAGUUAUUUAUUAGAACGUUUUAUUCAUUCAGUAGCUCUGCAAUCAAGAGCGAACAACUCUUUUCAAAAUGUAAACAACGCAAGCGGUGAAUGCAUUUAACGGGAUGACACAGUUUUAUUAGAGUGUAAUUUCACUUUCUUGGACGUUUUCGCUUGCCUUUCAGUUUUUUUUUGUGGAACAAAACCUUGCGUUUCAGUUACGUGACUGAAGGGCCCAAAAUAACCGCGUAUUGUCAGUUCACCGAUUCGCCGAUUCGAGUGAGACGGGAAAUAUCUAAAAUCAAAACAAGAGCUGUAAUCGACAGAUCAAAACUUGCGGAGUUCAUAAUUCCUCGAAAUAAUUGUGUAGAAACGCUUGUAUAGUUUCAUUGCUCUGGAGAAAUGAAUAACUGUUAUGAUUGAAUGAAUGGAUAACUCUCGGCCGGAUUUUAAUUAAAAGCGACAGGCGAGAAAAAAUGCGUCAGCGGCUUGCUUUGUAAUUCGAAACCUCGGCAAGAAAAAAAAAAUCCAAUCUCGGUCCACAGUGGUCGAAAUUUCUCGUUCAAGAUCUCUUUUUGAAGCUCUCAAAAUUCUCCUUUUUGAAAAAUGCGUGUCCAAGUCGAAGAAGUUUUGCGAAAGACUUAAAUCCAUAAACUUCUACCGCAAUAUGUGCGAUAAUUCUCUGCAGUUUUAUUGACACACUUAGAACAAAAGGAUACCUUUAAAACUUCGCGGCCCUGGCCAGCUUAAUUAAGCCAUUGUUCAAUUCCUUUGAAUUCGCUUCUGAGUCUUCCGCCAUAAAAUCUCACCUUCUUUGAACCGAGUCAAAACGAGUACUCUCGAAGGGAAAGUCCAGAGGAAUAAAUUGAGCCUUCAGGGUACAAAAUCCAGCGGUUAUGCCCAUUUCUGAAAUACACACUUAAAUCGGCGUGAAGUUGUAAUGAAAAUAAAUAUAUAAACAAAUAAAAUGCAUUGUCACGUCUAGAGACCUCUUCCAUCCUGUCCAUCUGGGGUAGGUGAAUGGGAACAAUAAUGGAUAACCCCAAUACUGGCAUACAAUUUCUCCUGAUUGAUCUCCAACCAAACAUUCCUGAAAGAAUUAAUCGAGAUAAUUUGAUAAAUUCUCCUACCUUUUAAUAUCUAAUGAUUAUGUAUUUGUAUUUUAGGAGAAGAUUGAUUUUGGUCAAUCUUGGGAUUCAAAGGGUUACUUGUGUAGAGUUUAUGAGAAGCUUGUUUAUAGGAGGAUGUCACUGAUGCCGUCAUCUUUCUUUUUUUUAUGCUAGGAGCCAUUGGUCUUUUGUUCAUUUCCUCAGCUGUUACCAUGUCUGUACCAUUUUGUAUGGGAAAGAUCAUUGACAUCAUUUAUACAUCAAGUCAAAAUCCUGCACAAAUGGUGGAUACACUGACAUAUGUCUGUAAAAUCUUGUGUGGAGUUUUCCUUUUGGGAGGAACAGCUAACUUUGGAAGAGUGUACCUUAUCCAAAUUUCUGGUAAGAAACUCAAAGUCUCUUCUCUGUCAGUCUUUUGACCCUUGUCAGUAUAGUUUGUAGUCUCCUUUUCAGCCAUGUGACCCUAAAAACAGCUGCAAUGUCAACUAUAAAAUAGUUGGUUGCCUUAUGUAAAAUUCUCUAAACUUCUCCAGGCCAAAAAAUCAUCAAGAGACUGCGUGAAAGACUGUUCAGUUCCAUACUUAGACAAGAAACAGCCUUUUUUGAUCGAACAAGGACAGGAGAGCUGAUCAAUCGUUUGUCAGCUGACACCAUCUUGGUGGGAAAGGCUGUCACAGACAAUGUAUCAGAUGGACUGAGAGCUGUUGCGCAGUCUCUGGCAGGAGUAUCCAUGAUGGUGAGUUCAUUAAAUCUUCAGUGAAAACCAUUAUUUUGUUGUCAUUUUGCAUCGACUAAGGGACAGGGUUCAUAAAGAAGUACAUGGGGUCCUUACUUAAACUACGAUGGUGACAGCAAUGGGAUCAUCAAAAAAUCAAUAGGUUUAAAGAGCAAAAUAACAACUCUGCAUGUGCAUCACACUUUUUUGUAAAUUUCUUUGCCAUCCUAGCUCGACAUAUGAUGGAAAAGACCAAAUUUUAAAUUUUAAUUAAACUUGAGAACAUGAAUGGCAAUGCAAUAAAUUCUAUCAUCUCUGUGUGAAAUCGAGCAUUGUCCCUGCUCUUCAGCUCCAACCUAAAUUCCCCUUUAAGUAACAAGGACUUGGUACAAAAAAAGUUUGAAUAGGAUGCAAAGUCUAUUUUUCAGCAGCAUUUUCAUGGAAGUCGCAGCUGUUGGAUCAUAACGUCCCUAAUAGUAACAUAACAAGAGUUAAUUCAUUCGCUGCUUUAGAAAUGAGAAAGGGCAUAGAGCCAAAAUGUGUCCCACAAUUGUUUUUGGGAUUGUUAUUGUGGACACGCUGGUCAGCUGUUGGCCAUUUUUUUUUCCCCAUUCCCAGUAGCAGUCCGAGAAGUCUUUGUAAACCUUAAUUUGGACCAGUCCCUCAUCUCGUUUCUAAAGUGGUGAAUUAAGGGAGCAUAUUUUUUUCAACUUUUAGUUUUAUGUCUGCCCCAAGCUGGCUAGCAUUGUUCUUGGAAUUGUACCUCCUGUUGCAAUAGCCAUUGUCAUGUACGGUCGCUAUCUUCGCAGUAUCACCAAGAAAACACAGGACUCUUUGGCACAGUCAACACAAGUACUAGUUUGCACUAAAUUGCAUUUUAUACAUUAAUAACAAGUAUCAUACAGAAAAUAAUGAAUUAUAAUAGUAAUAAUAAUAAUAAUAAUUAAUUUUUAAUAGUAAUAUGACUCCAACGCAGGAAGACAGGCAACAUGAGAUGAUUGUAUAUUUGGCCCCUGGCAACACAAACAAUUUGGAAGUGGCUCUUGGAAUAAAUUGAAGUUCAGAUUUUCCAGUGCACAGUGUAUCCCCUUUGAUAGUUCUGAACUUCUGGUUAUUCAAAGGUCUCGUACAAUACUGCACUGAGCUGCUUUUUUGUUGCUGUAUGUUGAUUGAAGAACAAAGCAAUUGGUAAUUCAGUAUUUUGUAGGGGUAAAGAGUCUCCUGUUUGGUCAGCAAUUUAUUAAUCUAAUAUCUUGGUGUGGUUCAAUCUUGCCCUUGAUUUAUAUUAUACAAUUAACAACUGAACCACAACACAAACAUGUACAAAAUUUGGAAAAGGCAACUGAUUUAUUUCAAAUAAGAAAUGAAAUACCGUAUUUAUUCGAUUAACCGCCCUGGGCGCUUAUUAAAUUUUUGGACCUUGAGAGUGGGCGCUUAUUAGAGGUGGGCGCUUAUUAGAGGUGGGCGCUUAUUUGAGGCUGGGCGCUUAUUACAUUUUCACCAUUUUAAGCAAGUGAAGUAUGUUUAUUUUGUUAUUAGCAUUUAAUGCUAAUAACAAAACACGAAGAAGUAACAAAGCAAGGUUUCUGUGAAAUACUCUGAAGAAAACUCCGUCCUCGGGGAAGUCUCUUAUUAGAAUUUAUUCACUCAAGUGGGUGGGGUGGGGGUGAGCGGUUAUUUGAGUUUGAUUGGGAGGAGGAGGGGGUGGGCGCUUAUUCAAGGCUGGGCGCUUAUUAACUUUUUUGGCCUUUAGGGUGGGCUCUUAUUCGAGGUGGGCGCUAAUUCGAGGUUGGGCGCUUAUUCGAAUAAAUACGGUAAACAUUAAUUCAUUAUUUGUUGAAAAUGUUUUACGCUUAUGUUAAUUUUUAGGUUGCAGAGGAGAGAAUCAGCAACAUACGAACUGUACGGGCAUUUGGACAAGAACUGAAAGAGAUCAAGAUGUAAUGAGUUUUUUGUCACAUUUUAAUUAAUGCAAAGAACGACUUGUAGUUUCUUUGUACCACACCACUGGCCUGAUCUCAUUUAAAGUUAGUCCUUUUUGUUAUUAGUAAUACAAAUACAUGACAAAAAUAUUUAAAAGGAUGAGGAGAGAAGCAUGUUAUAUUUGAUUUCAUUAAUUAUUUGUUUUUAGGUAUGCAGACAGUGUGCUUGAUGUUUUUAAACUUGCUAAGAAGGAAGCUGUUGCAAGAGCAAUAUUCUUUGGAUUUGUAAGUUGUUUAUUUGCAAUUAGCCUGUCCAUCCCUUCUUCUCCUGCCUAGGGUUGUGGAUAAGGAAAUAUCCAUACAAUAAAAACCAAUUAUUGUCACUGGAGUGUUAGUAUGGUCCUAGGGAUCAAGGAUGUUCAAGCAGCUGUGCCCAUCCCCAGGUUGGUCCCCUAAAGGGGUUUAAUUCUAAUUUUCUGAUUAACAUGCCCGUCCUGAUUAUCCGGGAUAGUCCCCCCCUCCCCCAUGAGAAAAGAGGGUUGAUGUAAAAUUAAUAUGGUACUACCCCCAGAAAACGUUGCUAUGUGUGGUUGAAAAAGUGUGACAUUUUGUUUGAUUUCAGACAGGACUGUCUGGUAAUGUUAUAAUGCUGGCAGUGUUGUACAGUGGUGGAAUGAUGAUGACAGAUGCACAAAUCACUGUUGGUGAUCUUACAUCUUUUCUACUCUAUGCCGGGUUUGUUGGCAUAUCUUUUGGAGGUAAAUCAAAAUUUGACAAUUUCAACAAUUUCCUAUAGGACCUCAUUAAUGUUUUGAAUUAGGCUGGGAUUCCUAGAUUCUUUUUAAUGUUUGGGUUUCAGACUUAAAGGUUAUCCUCUUUAAUACUACAUAAUUUUUUUGUGUUUUAUUUUUCCAUUUUCUUCUGAGUAGAGCAGUUGAAAAGUGAUAAUAAUAAUAAUAUUACGAUACAAAUGGAAAAGGGCAUGAUACAGUGAAACUAAAAUUAUUUCCUCUUUUAGGUAAGACAGUGUAUUCAGGAUAAAGAGUAAAAUAAUAUAAAAGAUAGGAAAUGGGAAAUUUGUAUGCUGCAUAUUUAUCCAGGGGUGAUUCGAUUCAGUUUGUAGAAAAAGUCUGACAUGUGAUCUCUCAAAGAGACCUCUCCAGCAGCAUUUUGCUCAUUUAUACUAUCUGUCUAUCUGCUUUCUUUUUUAUUGUGUAUAUGUUUUAACUUUUAUAUACAGUGGAACCUCUACGACCAAGGCCCAAAGGAUUGGCAUAAUUUGUUAUAUAUUGUACUAUUUCUGGGACAAAGAAUAUCUUUGUUAUACUUAGGAAUAUGUUGUAUAGAGGUUCGUCAUUUGGGGUUCCACCGUAUUCACCUAUUCACUCCUGUGAAAUUUUUCUAAAACUAUGUAAAUAAGUUCUGUUAGUAUAUGACAUAAUGCGUCACUGAUAUGGCUGUAUAUAAUAUGCCCUUUCCUGCAGGCCUCAGCUCCUUUUACUCAGAACUCAUGAAAGGGAUUGGCGCAAGUGGUAGACUGUGGCAGUUAAUUGACAGGACUCCCACCAUUCCUCUGUCAGGUGAUUAAAAAACUGACUUCUGACCUUCUGUCUGUUUUAAAGGGCCUGUGUCACUGCAGCUUCAUCCAUUUUGUCUAGUUAGACCAGUUACAGUGAAACUUGAAAACAAUGAAAAUUUAAGCCAAAGAAUUAGUUGUAAAUGAUAAAUCACAAAUUCACAACAAACACAUAGUUGCCUACUGAACAUCAGUUUGUUUUGAAGUAUUUUCAACAGGAAAAAAAUUAUAGCCUUUGUAUUCUCUCUCUGUUUUAUACAUCCUUCCCUUUUUUUCACAAGAUGGGAUAUGUACGUAUAAUCCUUUCUUAGUAUAAAAGAAUAAUGCCUUAGACGUUUCAGCACAUUGUCUUCAAGAUCAAAGGUACUAAAAUCACCUACAAGCCUGUAUACAGCUGCCUCUGCCUAGAGGGAAGAGGGCAACUGUACAUAGGCUAAAAAUCACCAUUCUUUUAAACAGCACAGACCUGUAUGUUUCCCCUUAUUUAUAUUUUUAUUCCUUUAUCUAUUAGGGGAUUAGUCCCGCCAAAUAAAAUUUAAUAUUGUUUUGUGGUCCUGAGUACUCUUGGAUUAAUAACCAAGGGCUGGCCUAGCCUGCACCAUCGAUGAAACUAAUCUCUGGUUACUAACCAGGGUUAGAUUACGUCUGUGACGCAGGUUACCAUGGUGAACCUGAUGCUGUAUUGUUCAUUCUCAUUAGCAUUAAAUUCGUUUCAUGUAAAGUUUAACAUUUGACCCUGGCCUAACAUUCCUAUCAUGUGUUUAGGAGGCUUACGACCAGACAUCCAUGACUUAAACAGGGGGAUCCUGUUUAACAACGUCCAUUUUUCUUACCCAUCUCGGUCUGACAUGCCAAUCUUCCAUGGACUCAACUUGGAGGUUCCUGCAGGAUCGGUCACAGCAGUGGUUGGACCGAGUGGGUCUGGAAAGAGUACACUGGGGUCAUUACUUCUUCGCCUGUAUGACCCGGAUCAGGGUCAGGUGAUCGUUGGAGGGCAUGACGUAAAAACUCUCUCACCUGAUUGGCUUAGAGGUGCUGUGGGAACAGUUCAUCAGGUGAAUGAAUAGGCUAUUUCCAAUUUGCCCCAAGCCUCAGUUUCAGAGCGAGGCUAAGUGCGGAGCCAUUUUGCCUGUACACAGACGUUGUUUUCUCUUUCAAUUUGACAAUCGGUGAGCACACAAGUGAUGCAAGCACGCAAAAACGAGCGCAGAUCGAGAGGAAAAAAAACUAUCUAAAUAUCUAUUUUCUUCCUCCCCAACCCCUACCCCCUUGAGCUAGUGGUUAGUAAAUCCCCCGCGGUUUUACAUUCUUACCCGCACUCAACGGUUACUAAAGGGAAAAUAGGGCAAUUGAUAAGAAAGUGAUUUUUUACUCUAAAGCAAAUGAAACCCAUUUUCACAAGGAAGGUUUUGCACUUGAAAGUUUUGAACGUGAGAGUUACUGGAACUCGGACAUGGUCUAUUUUCCUUUGGUUUCCAAAGUGGACAAAAAAUUUUUUCAUACUUCUACUUUUCAGACCGUUUCAAAGAGAAAACUUAUCAAAAUGUUUUAAAAUUUUUCUUUUCCUUCAAGGAACCAAUUCUGUUCUCAUCUUCCGUUGCGGAUAACAUUGCAUAUGGUGCAGCCACAGGUCAACAAGUCAGCCAGGAUGAUAUUGAGGACGCUGCUGUACAAGCCAAUGCUUAUAGCUUUAUCAAGAGCUUCCCUAAAGGAUUUGAUACUGUUGUGGGAGAAAGAGGACAAAUGCUUUCAGGUUAUAUUCAUAGAAUAGGGUUGAAUUCACCACAAGCAACCAUGCACCUCAAAAUGAUUAAAUCAAUCAGUCUUGCCCCUCCCCUAACCCAACGUUUUGCAUUUUUUUGGUAAGCAGUGAGGUAGUGUUAAUAUUGUGAUGGGGUAGGGUAGGGACAAGCUUUACACACUGUAAAUCCAUUUUCUACUAUUUACUUUGACCGUGCAAAAUGGGAGGGGUGAGUCAGGGGGACUCUCUAAAAAUAUGCUUAUGGUGACUGGUAUUUUUGGUUGUUGGGGAGGGGGCAGGGGUGGAAAGCAACAACUUAUAUCAUGUAAAAGUACUUCCAAAGAAAGAGGUUAUAUCCUACCCCUCCCCUAACCCAACUUUUUGCAUUUUUUUAGUAAGCAGUGAGGUAGUGUUAAUAUUGUGAUGGGGUAGGGUAGGGACAAGCUUUACACACUGUAAAUCCAUUUUCUACUAUUUACUUUGACCGUGCAAAAUGGGAGGGGUGAGUCAGGGGGACUCUCUAAAAAUAUGCUUAUGGUGACUGGUAUUUUUGGUUGUUGGGGAGGGGGCAGGGGUGGAAAGCAACAACUUAUAUCAUGUAAAAGUACUUCCAAAGAAAGAGGUUAUAUCCUACCCCUCCCCUAACCCAACUUUUUGCAUUUUUUUAGUAAGCAGUGAGGUAGUGUUAAUAUUGUGAUGGGGUAGGGUAGGGACAAGCUUUACACACUGUAAAUCCAUUUUCUACUAUUUACUUUGACCGUGCAAAACGGGAGGGGUGAGUCAGGGGGACUCUCUAAAAAUAUGCUUAUGGUGACUGGUAUUUUUGGUUGUUGGGGAGGGGGUGGGGUUGGAAAGCAACAACUAAUGUCAUGUAAAAGUACUUCCAAAGAAAGAGGUUUUUUGUGAUUAGUCAGACUAUUGGAUUCAAACAAAAAUGAGAACCACAAUGACAUACUAAAUAAAUAGUACUACAGCUGUAUGUGAAAGAUCGCCUAAAGAGCGUACACCAUAGGUUAAGGUUUUCCAUUCAAAUUGGCAAACGGUAGAAUUGCGCGUUAUGUCCUAUAAUUAAUCUUGCUUUGAAAUUAAAGUAACGAAUCUAAAUCUACUUUUGCUUGUGUUUUAUACCCUGCAGGAGGUCAAAGACAGCGAAUUGCAAUUGCAAGAGCAAUUCUGAAGGUUAGUGAAGCUGUUCUUAUUUACUGGUCAAAUGUCAGUAAUCUUUCAAACCGUGAUAGACAUGGAGAUUCUCCAGAGCGGUCUCCAUACAUUUGCUUACAGAAUUAGAUGAGAGAAUUUGUGUAAAAAUCAAACAUUUUCAUUUAGUUGAUCAUUUUAUCACUUCUCAUAACUCUUCUCUUGAUAAUUUAUUAAUAUUGUUAGGUAUAAAAAUUGAUGCUCAUCACUAUUAAGAAAUUUAUGUAGGUUGCUUGCGGGCUCUCGAGUACAGGGCAAAGACAAGGCGAGAAAACAUAAGGAGGGAGGGGAGGGUGGAGUACCUGGGUAUAUCAGCGUACUGAAAACAAGUUCACUCGAAACUGUCUUUCUUUAAUUACUUAGAACAACAUAUUUUGUUUGGGAAAUGUUUAUGUUUUAAAAUCAAUCUCUUUUCCCCUUAGAAUCCAUCCAUCCUUCUCCUUGACGAAGCAACAAGGUAAUUGGGUCAUGCUAUUGAAAAGUAGAUUUGCUACAGCUGAUUUACCUAACUUAUAGCUAGUGAUUUAGCCAGUUAAAAGCGUUAUGAUUUUGAACAGCCAGGGCCUAACAGCAACUGCGCCCUCACUGAGAUGUUCUAGAGUUUAUAACGGACAAGAGGCUCUUUGUUACUCGUUGCGAAUAUCGCACCCUUCACGUUCAACUUUUGAGUGACAAGUGACUCAAAUGGCGUACUUACGUCAAAGCAAAGAAAUGAAUUGCAAGUCAGAGAUACGGAAAAAGAUAUUUGAAAUUCAUGCAUUAGAUACGUAGUUUUACGUAUGAGAAGAGCCCUUUUUGAAUAUCUGCCUCCUUAGUGUCAGACAAUGCGGUUUUCCUUGCUACCGAACUUAAGUGUUCAGUCGAGCCUCACCGCACAAAAUCUGCCAAACAAAGCUGAUUCAAACAGGCCUUCUCUUUCGUACGUAAAUCAUUAUUUAGGUGCGGCGCGUGAUGUGCUCGGUUUUAAACGAGGCUGAGUCAAUGUUCAUUUUCUUGUAGUGCUUUGGAUGCCGAAAGUGAGCACCUUGUUCAGGAAGCUCUUGAAAGACUUAUGAAGGGUCGAACGGUCAUCACUAUUGCUCAUCGGCUCUCGACCAUCAAAAAUGCUGACAACAUUGUGGUUUUAAACGAUGGACAAAUUGCCGAAGCUGGUUCUUAUGCUUAUUUGAUGGGCAAUCCGGAUGGUUUGUUCAGGAAAUUGGUCGAAAAGCAAACUAUUGGACUUCAAUAAAAACAGUAUAGGUCUCUAUCCAUUAAACUAGUUUAGGAUGCAGCUUAAUGAGGUUACCCGCAAGGCAGGCUUUGAAAAAGGUUGGGAAAAAGGGAAAAAGAGAGGAGCGGGAAACGCACUCCU